AUGCUGACCCCUGACAAUUCUAUUUCACCAAAGCAGCUCAUUGACCUGCCUGCUAGAGAUCAAGGCACGCCACAUACUCCUGCGGAAAACUAUUUGCCCAACAACUUGAAGUAUUACAAUGAGCAUUUGAGCGAGUCGCAAUUUAACUCAAUCUUGAUAAAUUGUGCAUUAAGGUUGCUUAAACUCAGCUACCCAAAAGAAGAGGACUUUGAGGAGCACAAAUUGAGGUUUUUUAUUGUCGAGCUUUUGAGAAGAUCGAAGACAACUACCCAGUCACUACAGAUCUGUUGCUACUAUCUCUUUAAAAUCAUCAAUAAACCCCAAAGACCAGUCCAGCUUUGCCCCAAAAAGUUGUUUUUGGGAAUGCUUAUCUUAGCCUCAAAGUUCAACCAAGAUCACAACUACUCUUUUAAGACGUGGUUGAAAAUUUGCGGUUGUAAGCAAGAUGAUGAUUCGUCUAGUCUUAAUCUCAAGAGAUUAAAAUAUUCUGAAAACCAUUGUCUUCUGCUCCUCAAUUACGAGCUUUACAUUAACAACGUCAAGUAUGAAAAUUGGUGCAACGUACUUUUGAUUUUUGGUUACGAAUUCAUCUCCUUGCAUCACGUCGGUUUAGGCGUACUUACUUGGUGUACCACAAACGAAAACGCACAGAAAUUGUGUCGUUGGAAAAGGUUCUUAGAACGUAUGGAUGAUAAUCUGUUACGUGAAAUCAAAGUGCAGUUUAAACAGUACUAUGCCAAUCACAUCGGCACUAAGGUUGUCACGACUCCGCUUCCAGAGGUGAAUCUGCUUUUCAAAAAGCGUUCGCUCGAUGCAGAAGCUACUCCCCAUAAAAGAGUUUGCAUUUAG